CGCCAGCUUUGGCAGGCUGAUGCCCGGGAGAGCGAACAAAUCGCGAGGCUUUAACCGGUAGGUGGCGAGCAUCUAAUGGUUCCUAUUUAGAAGUACAUAAAGUCUGCCGCUGCGGCCUUGCGGGGUUGAGGCUUUGACCGAUGGGCGGCGAGCGUCUAAUGGUUCCUAUUUAGAAGUUCAGAAAGUCUCUGUCUUUCCUACCUUGCGGGGUAGUCUCUUCGGACGUACUCAAACAUGGAGCAAGGCUGGGACAAGGGCGAGAUCCUGGCAAGCAAAGCUCUCUCGAAGUACAUAUUGGAGACGAAUGCAUAUCCGAGAGAGCACGAGCAGCUAAAAGAACUCAGGGAGGCCACGGUCCAAAAGUACCAAAUGCGGAGUAUAAUGAGCGUGCCGGCUGAUGAGGGGCAGCUAAUCUCCAUGAUGUUGAAGCUCAUGAAUGCGAAGAAAACAAUCGAGAUCGGAGUCUUCACGGGCUAUUCUCUUCUCACCACCGCACUUGCACUUCCGGCCGACGGCAAGAUAAUAGCAAUAGACCCGGAUAAGGAGGCCUAUGAAAUUGGCCUGCCAUAUAUCAAAAAAGCCGGAGUCGAUCAUAAGAUCAACUUCAUCCAGUCGGAUGCUUUCUUAGUUCUGAACAACCUUAUCGUGAAUAGCCAAGAAGAGGGGACCUUUGAUUUUGCUUUCGCGGAUGCCAAGAAGGACGACUACAUGAAAUUCCACGAGCUGAUGCUCAAGCUGGUGAAGGUCGGAGGACUGAUCGGGUACGACGACACCCUGUGGUUUGGUGCGGUCGCGCUCUCCGAAACCGAUGAGAUGAGCGACCAGCUGAAGCUCUGGAGAGACCACCUCAGGGAGCUCAACAGCUUCCUGGGGAAGGAUCCACGUGUCGAGUGCUGUCUUCUUUCUGUCGGAGGUGGCCUCACGCUUUGUAGGCGCCUCUAUUAGAAACCUCCUUACGGUCCAGAAGCAGGAGGCUACAAGGAUCUUGGCGAGUCAUUGGACUCCUUACUUGUUGACGCAAGGUCCAUAUGAUGUUUCGCGAAUUUCGUACGUGAUUUGUUCCCGAGAGUUCCUCGGGAAGUAGCAAAAGUUCGACGGUAUUUGUAAUCGACCGACUUAUAAUCAUGCGAGCAUAAGUUUCGAGAACGUCUAAAACUUUUUUCCAUGUAUCAUCAUUUGAAAAUCGAAAUAUAUCUUGUGGUCAUGGC